GGCCCCUAACCUUGCCCAGUGACUUGGGCCGUGGAAAGGAGCCCAGGUGCUCCUUGAUGCUGGCAGUUGCCUUGACGACCGCAGCUGCGUCCUGCACUGUUCCUCCCGGCCCCACACCCCGCCCCCCCUUGGCUGCACGUUGCCCCCUCUGCUUACCCGCAGUGGCCUCCCCUGACUAGCAGGCCACCCCCUUGGACAUCUGGCAGAGCGUCUACAAACUUCUCCUCGCAAUUCUCUCUCUCCUCCCCCCUCCCUCCCUCCCCCUGGGCUGCUGUGCAGCCUGCCUCCUCCUCCUCUUCCCUCCCUCCGUCUGCAGCGGGCCUGGAAAUAGGCUGAAUUAAUCAGCAGAUUGGAGCUCCACCGGGCUGCGUGCGGUCGCUGCAGCACCCGCUCCUCACUCACACGCUCCGUAGCUCUCUCCCCUUUCUCCUCUCUCUCUCGGCCGUGUGGGAAGCUCCAUAGCCAACUCCCCGUGGCUCAUGCUCUUUAAGCAGGCAGAGCUAUGGGUGCCUCUUCAGGGCAAGCGCAGCAAAGACGAGCUGCCCUUGGCCCUGGGCCUGUCCACCCGGAAGGCCCUCAGCAUCCUGAAGGAGCAGCUGGAGGCGGUGCUGGAGGGACACCUGAAGGAACAGAAGAGGUGCCUCACCUGGAAGGAGGUGUGGAGAAGCAGCUUCCUGCACCACAGUAACCGCUGCUCCUGCUUCCACUGGCCCGGCGCGUCGCUCAUGCUGCUGGCCGUGCUGCUGCUGCUGGGCUGCUAUGGGGGCCAGCCGGCCGGCAGCCACGGGGUGGAGCUGGUAAACGCCUCGGCGCUGCUGCUCUUGCUGCUCCUCAACCUCCUCCUCAUCGGGCGGCAAGACCGGCUGAAACGGCGGGAGGUGGAGCGGAGGCUCCGAGGGAUCAUCGACCAAAUCCAGGACGCCCUCAGGGAUGGCAAGGAGAUCAAGUGGCCCGAUGCCAUGUACCCGGACCUCCACAUGCCCUUCGCACCAUCCUGGUCCCUGCACUGGGCCUACCGAGAUGGACAUCUGGUCAACCUGCCAGUUAGCCUGUUGGUGGAAGGAGACAUCAUAGCUCUGAGGCCCGGCCAGGAAUCCUUCGCCUCUCUGAGGGGGAUCAAGGAUGACGAGCACAUCGUGUUGGAGCCCGGGGACCUGUUUCCCCCUUUCUCCCCACCCCCUUCCCCCCGGGGAGAAGUGAAGAAAGGGCCCCAGAACCCCCAGCAGCACCGGCUCUUCCGCGUCCUGGAGACCCCCGUGAUUGACAACAUCAGAUGGUGCCUGGACAUGGCCCUGUCCCGCCCCGUCACCGCUCUGGACAACGAGCGGUUCACCGUGCAGUCGGUGAUGCUGCACUACGCCAUGCCCGUGGUCCUGGCCAGCUUCCUCUUCACCAAUGGCCUGCGCUUCAUCCUGAAGGCCCCCGGCGUCACCUCCUGGCAAUAUACUCUCCUCCAGCUGCAGGUGAACGGGGUCCUGCCCAUCCUCCCCCUGAUCUUUCCAGUCCUCUGGGUCCUGGCCACCGCCUGCGGAGAAGCCCGAGUGCUGGCCCAGAUGAGCAAGGGCUCCCCCAGCUCCCUGCUGGCCAAGUUCUCGGAGGACACUCUCAGCAGCUACACGGAGGCCGUCUCCACUCAGGAAAUGCUGCGCUGCAUCUGGGGCCACUUCCUGCGGGUGAUCCAGGGGACGUCGCCAACGCUGAGCCACAGCUCCAGCCUGCUGCACAGCCUGGGCUCCGUCACGGUCCUGUGCUGUGUGGACAAGCAGGGCAUCCUGUCAUGGCCAAACCCCAGCCCGGAGACCGUGCUGUUCUUCAGUGGGAAGAUGGGGCCCCCGCACAGCAGCCACGAGGACCUCACGGAUGACCUGUCCGCCCGCUCCUUCUGCCACCACGAGGGAGAGGAGGAGCCGCACGAACGAGACGCCCUCCUGGCGGGCUCCCUGAACACCGCCCUGCACCUUUCCGACGAGCAGGCGCGUGACAGCUGGCCCGGCGAUGGCCCCAAGCCCCCCGAAGCCUACUCCUACCACAGAGUACCCUGCCGCAGCAAACACCCAUCCGGCUCCAACGUGAGCUUCAGCAGGGACACCGAUGGGGGCGACGAAGAGCCCAGCAAGGGCCAGCCCGGGCUGGAGGGCGAGCCCUACGAAGCCGAGGACUUCGUGUGCGACUACCACCUGGAGAUGCUGAGCCUGUCGCAGGACCAGCAGAACCCUCCCUGCAUCCAGUUCGACGACUCCAACUGGCAGCUUCACCUCACCUCCCUCAAGCCCCUGGGCCUCAACGUGCUGCUGAACCUGUGCAACGCCGGCGUCACCGAGCGCCUGUGCCGCUUCUCCGACCACCUGCGCAACAUCGCCCUGCAGGAGAGCCACAGCGCCGUGCUGCCCGUCCACGUGCCCUGGGGCCUCUGCGAGCUCGCCCGCCUCAUCGGCUUCACCCCCGGGGCCAAGGAGCUCUUCAAGCAGGAGAACCACCUGGCGCUCUACCGCCUCCCCAGCGCCGAGAUGGUGAAGGAGAGCUCCCUGGGGAGGCUAUCCUGCGUCACCAAGCGGCGGCCCCCGCUCAGCCACAUGAUCAGCCUCUUCAUCAAGGACACCACCACCAGCACAGAGCAGAUGCUGUCCCACGGCACGGCGGACGUGGUCUUGGAGGCCUGCACAGACUUCUGGGACGGAGCCGACAUCUACCCCCUUUCGGGUUCCGACAGAAAGAAAGUGCUGGACUUCUACCAGCGAGCCUGCCUGUCUGGUUACUGCUCCGCCUUCGCCUAUAAGCCCAUGAGCUGCACGCUGUCCUCGCAGCUCAAUGGCAAGUGCAUCGAGCUGGUGCAGGCGCCCGGCCAGAGCAGCAUCUUCACCGUGUGCGAGCUGCCCAGCACCGUGCCCAUCAAGCUGAGCACCCGCCGCAACAGCUGGAGCUCUGACGAAGGGAUCGGGGAGGUGCUGGAGAAGGAAGACUGCGUGCAGGCCCUGAGCGGCCAGAUCUUCAUGGGCAUGGUGUCCUCCCAGUACCAGGCCCGGCUGGACGUCGUGCGCCUCAUCGACGGGCUGGUCAACGCCUGCAUUCGCUUCGUCUACUUCUCUCUGGAGGACGAGCUCAAAAGCAAGGUGUUCGCAGAGAAGAUGGGCCUGGAGACGGGCUGGAACUGCCACAUCUCCCUCACGCCCAAUGGCGACAUGCCCGGCUCGGAGAUCCCGCCCUCCAGCCCCAGCCACGCCGGCUCCCUGCACGAUGACUUGAAUCAGGGUGAGAGCAAAGUGUCCCGUGAUGACCCAGAAGGGCUCCUGCUGGAGGAGGAGGGGCACUCGGACCUCAUCAGCUUCCAGCCCACCGACAGCGACCUCCCCAGCUUCCUGGAGGACUGCAACCGGGCCAAGCUGCCUCGGGGCAUCCACCAGGUGCGGCCCCACCUGCAGCACAUCGACAACGUGCCCCUGCUGGUGCCCCUCUUCACCGACUGCACCCCCGAGACCAUGUGCGAGAUGAUCAAGAUCAUGCAGGAGUACGGGGAGGUGACCUGCUGCCUGGGCAGCUCUGCCAACCUGCGGAAUAGCUGCCUGUUCCUCCAGAGCGACAUCAGCAUCGCCCUGGACCCCCUGUACCCGUCCCGCUGCUCCUGGGAGACCUUCGGCUACGCCACCAGCACCAGCAUGGCCCAGGCCCCGGACGGCCUCUCCCCGCUGCGGCUCUCGGGCCACCUCAACAGCCUGCCCUGCUCGCUGACCUUCCGCCAGGAGGAGACCAUCAGCAUCAUCCGCCUCAUCGAGCAGGCUCGGCACGCCACCUACGGCAUCCGCAAGUGCUUCCUCUUCCUGCUGCAGUGCCAGCUGUCUCUCGUGGUCAUCCAGUUCCUCUCCUGCCUAGUGCAGCUGCCACCGCUGCUCAGCACCACCGACAUCCUGUGGCUGUCCUGCUUUUGCUACCCCCUGCUCAGCAUCUCUCUGCUGGGGAAGCCCCCCCACAGCUCCAUCAUGUCGAUGGCAACAGGGAAGAACCUCCAGUCCAUUCCCAAGAAGACCCAGCACUACUUCCUGCUCUGCUUCUUGCUCAAGUUCAGCCUCACCAUCAGCUCCUGCCUCGUCUGCUUCGGCUUCACGCUGCAGAGCUUCUGUGACAGCUCCCGGGCCCGCAACCUCACCAACUGCUCCUCCAUCAUGCUGCCCAGCCACGCUGACACAGCCCCCGCCUGGUUCGGCGACUUCGCCAACGGCCUGCUGCCGGCGCAGAAGCUCGCCGCCGCCCUGAUCGUCCUGCACACCGUUUUCAUUUCCAUCACCCACGUGCAUCGGACCAAGCCGCUGUGGAGGAAGAGCCCCCUGACAAACCUCUGGUGGUCCCUGACGGUGCCUGUGGUGCUGCUGGGGCAGGUGGUCCAGACGGCAGUUGACCUGCGGCUGUGGACGCACAGGGAGAGCCACGUGCACUUUGGCCUGGAGGACGUCCCUCUGCUGACGUGGCUCCUGGGCUGCCUGUCCCUGGUCCUUGUGGUGGUCACCAACGAGAUCGUGAAGCUGCAUGAGAUUCGGGUCCGGGUCCGCUACCAGAAGCGACAGAAGCUGCAGUUUGAAACCAAGCUGGGCAUGAACUCUCCCUUCUGAGCCACCGACCACGGUGGCCACGGUGGCCACAGUGGCCCCGGCCCCUGGGGCUAACGCCAGACCCGCUUGAGUCUGGGGAAUCAGCGUCAUCAUGAACGAUCCAGGGAUUGCCCUCACGCCCUGUGGCUCUGGAGGCCCGGGGCCGGGGUGAGGCCCGCUGGUGCCCUGCCCCCCGGGGCCACCGUGGAGGGGCCAGCAAGCACGGCCUUGUCACGCAGCCCGGGCUCCUCCCUGGGCACCUCGAAUGUACGGCCUCAUGUGCUUAGUGGUGGGCUCCCAGCCCCCCUUCCGGGCCACCUGUAACCCAGGGACCUCUGCUCUGGGGUCUCCGGACAAGGCUGUGAACCGUGGGGCCGGGGCCUCAACAUCGCCGGCCGGGGUGAUGUCGCAUCCUCUCUGCGCCCCUUAGCCUGUCUUCCUGGGGCCCGGAGGUGGCUGAGGACCUCCCCUCCCUCGCUCUGUGGGGGAGCCUCGCCCUGGACCCCCUUCCUGCGCCUGCCUUCGAGCUGGCCAUAAGAGUAGGUCUCGGGGACGCGGCCCCCACCCCGUAAUUCUCCUGUGAGAGUGUUUUUACUGGUGUAUAUUUUUUACUGGAAAUGAGCCUUUGAGGAGUGAAUGUAGUCUGGUUUGUAUUAAAACUUAUAAAUUGCUUAACAAAAA